AUGGCGAAACAGGAAGAAGUCUCGGUGCCGAUCUUCUCGUCCCUUGAGACUGUCUACGGCGAAGGAUCUCAGCUCCAAGACGCUACGCGACGAUUCGACGUCCUCAAGGAGAAAUUCAACCAAGUCUUCGGUGCUACUCCUCAGCUCUUCGCUCGCUCUCCCGGAAGAGUGAAUCUGAUCGGAGAGCAUAUUGACUAUGAAGGAUACUCAGUGUUACCAAUGGCUAUUCGUCAGGAUACGAUUAUCGCAAUCCGGAAAAACGAGGGUCAAAAUCAGCUUCGAAUUGCAAAUGUCAAUGAUAAGUACUCUAUGUGUACAUAUCCUGCUGAUCCUGAGCAGGAAAUUGACUUGAAGAAUCACAAAUGGGGCCAUUACUUCAUAUGCGCGUACAAAGGGUUCCAUGAGUAUGCAAAGUCAAAAGGAGUGAAUCUUGGUUCACCAGUGGGACUUGAUGUGAUUGUUGAUGGAAUUGUUCCUACAGGUUCUGGAUUGUCAAGUUCUGCUGCGUUUGUUUGCUCAUCAACGAUUGCUAUUAUGGCUGUCUUUGGUGAGAACUUUGAUAAGAAAGAACUUGCACAGCUUACAUGUGAUUGUGAACGACACAUUGGAACACAAUCUGGUGGGAUGGACCAGGCAAUCUCUAUUAUGGCUAAAAGUGGUUUUGCUGAGCUUAUUGACUUCAACCCUGUUCGAGCAACUGAUGUUCAACUCCCUGAUGGUGGGAGCUUUGUGAUUGCGCAUUCUCUUGCAGAGUCUCAAAAGGCGGUCACGGCUGCUACGAAUUACAACAACAGGGUCGUUGAAUGUCGACUUGCUUCAAUCAUACUUGGGAUUAAGCUCGGAAUGGAAACAAAAGAAGCAAUAUCAAAAGUUAAGACUCUUUCCGAUGUGGAGGGAUUAUGUGUGUCAUUCGCUGGUGAUCAUGGCUCAUCUGAUCCUAAUCUUGCUGUUAAGGAGUAUCUUAAAGAAGAGCCGUAUACUGCGGAGGAGAUUGAGAAAAUCGUUCAGGAGAAGUUACCAUCAAUCUUGAACAACGAUCCAACAUCUUUAGCUGUACUUAAUGCUGCAACGCAUUUCAAAUUGCAUCAGAGAGCUGCACACGUUUAUUCUGAAGCUCGGAGAGUCCAUGGUUUUAAGGACACUGUCUAUUCAAACUUAAGUGACGAAGAGAAGCUAAAGAAACUUGGCGAUCUCAUGAAUGAAAGCCAUUACAGCUGCAGCGUCCUAUACGAGUGCAGUUGUCCGGAGCUAGAAGAACUGGUUCAAGUUUGCAGGGAGAAUGGAGCACUUGGAGCAAGACUGACCGGAGCUGGAUGGGGCGGUUGCGCCGUCGCCUUGGUCAAGGAAUCUGGCGUUUCUCAGUUCAUCGCCGCCGUCAAGGAGAAAUAUUACAAGAAGAGGGUAGAGAAAGGAGUGGUCAAGGAAGAAGACAUGGAGCUUUACCUUUUUGCCUCCAAGCCUUCAAGUGGUGCUGCCAUCUUCAACUUUUAA